UCACAGGAAACCGUUAUUAUUAUGAUUAUCGGCCCACAGCACUCGCAGCUCCAUGGUGCGCUCUACGUGUGUUUAUAAAAUUAUCUGACAUUUGUAAGUAGCUCAGUGAUGGAGGUGAACCGGGAUGAAGCGGAGCGAUGCGUCGAGAUCGCGCUCGGAGCUCUGGAGGACGCGCAGCCGGAGAAAGCGCGCAGGUUCCUGGAGAAAGCGCAGCGGCUUUUCCCGACGCGCAGAGCCCGGGAGCUGCUGGCGUCUCUGGAGCAGAACGGCGAGGCUUGGUCUCAGAGAGCCGCUGAUGGCACAGAAGCAGGUCAGCGCAGGUCAGAGGUCAGCAGUAAUGACUCCAGUAAACCCUACACAGCGGAGCAGGCCGAGGCCGUCAGCAGAAUAAAGCAGUGUAAGAACUACUACGAGACUCUGGGCGUGCAGAAAGAUGCUUCUGAAGACGAUCUUAAGAAAGCUUACAGGAAGCUGGCGUUAAAGUUUCACCCUGAUAAGAAUCACGCUCCGGGAGCCACGGAGGCGUUUAAAGCGAUAGGAAACGCGUACGCAGUUCUGUCCAAUGUGGAGAAGAGACGACAGUACGAUCAGUUCGGCUCGGGCCGCUCCAGCCAGACCAGCGACACACACUUCCAGGCCGAUAUUUCUCCUGAAGAUCUCUUCAACAUGUUCUUCGGAGGAGGCUUUCCUUCCAGUAAUGUUCACAUGUACAGUAAUGGACGGAUGCGCUUUAAUCAGAAUCAGGGCGAGAGAGGAGAACAGCGAGGGGGCGGUCUUGCUCUUCUCAUGCAGUUGAUGCCCAUCCUCAUCCUCGUCUUCGUAUCAGCGCUCAGUCAGAUGAUGGUGACCAACCCUCCCUACAGCCUCAGCUUCAGACCGUCAGCGGGUCACACACACAAGCGCGUGACGGAGCAUCUGGGCGUGACGUAUUACGUGAACGAGCGUUUCUCGCAGGACUACAGCGGCGCGAGUCUGACACGAGUCGAGAGCAGCGUGGAGGAAGACUACAUCUCCAACCUCAGGAACAACUGCUGGAGAGAGAGACAACAGAAGGAGGGUCUGCUGUACCGCGCGCGGUAUUUCGGGGACAGUGGUCUGUACCAGCGGGCUCAGCGGAUGGGAACCCCGAGCUGCUCUCGUCUGUCUGAGGUUCAGGCGUCUCUACACUGAGAGAUGAAGCUUCACUGCACUACCUGGUUCCAAAAACAAUCUCUCCAGUCUGGAAUAUGGAGGAACGCCAUACGGAUUGUAAAUACAUCUGUUCGAAAAACAGGGCUGAGUUCUGAACUGGACUAGAAAGACUUAGUGAGAGCUGUGUGUGUGUGUGUGUGUGUGUGUGUGUGUGCGUGUGUGUGUGUGUGUGUACAUGAAUGCAUGCUAAGGACCAUGUACAUGUGUGUGUGUGUGUGUGUGAAACCGGAGCUGGUGUUUUGGACUCCUGUGGAUGAAGGACGUUCCUCUCAGUCUGAAUGUUCUGGCCCUGGAUUAAAGUUCAUGGUAUCGUUUCUCUAAAUUCAGCAUCAUCUUCAGCUCUGGCAGGAAUCAGCGAUCUGGUUUUGCAUUAUUGGACAGACUGGAGAUCUGACGACAAUAUCUGCAUAUUUAUUUGAGUUUGUUUAGAUGGAGAUCAUGUCUUUUUAAUGGUUUAUAUUUGUAUGUUUGAGAUUUAUCUAUGCAGGGAUCAUCUGUGCUGUGUGUUAGGAGUAACUACAGCUGCUGUACACCGCUCUUAUUUAUUGAAGGAUUGAAUAGGAAUAUUUAUUUCAUAUGAAGUUUUAUUUUCUACAUGACUUUAGUGAAACUAUUUCAUCGCUGAGAGACUGCACUGCAAUUAUUUCACGGAGUACAAAUAAAGAUUGUACGUGCCACUGUA